ACGCUCGGCUCCUGAACUGCAUUGCUGUAGGAACGCGCAGGCCAGCCGGCCAGCAGGCAACCCUUCCUGCCUGCCUGCCCCUCCACCCCACCCGCACCCCUUUGAGUAGAGCCGCCUGAGCCCAAGCGAGGCAAAGCGAAGGAGCCGGCGCGGUGAGGGGACGUCGACGGCAGCCGCCGCCUCUCGGACCUGCCCCCCCUCUCCCCUGGCCGCCGCUGCACAUUCCGAAACCACCCCCGUUCCUAAUAAAGCGAUGGGACUUGGGCACUCGCUCCCGGCCCCCUCGCUCCCUAUAAAUACUCCCCCUGCCAAGACAGCAAGCUUGGGUUGCUCCUAGUCUGCCUGCCCCAAAAAAACCCCAACAAGACCAAAACCCCAGCAGAAGCGGCAGCAGGGAAGCCAAGCCAAGCCGGCAGGGCAGAGCAGAGCAAAGCACAAGGCGGCGGCGGCGGCGGCGGCGGCGGGUGCCGAGCAGAGAACCGUCCCCUCCUCUCAAGACCCACUAAAUCCGGCGAGAUGCCCCGAGUAGAUGCAGACCUCAAGCUGGACUUUAAAGAUGUCUUGCUUAGACCCAAGCGAAGCAGCCUUAAAAGCAGAGCAGAGGUAGAUCUUAUGCGUACCUUUACAUUCCGUAACUCCAAACAGACAUACACAGGGAUCCCGAUUAUUGUAGCAAAUAUGGAUACUGUGGGCACUUUUGAAAUGGCACAGGUUAUGACUAAAUAUGCAAUGUUUACUGCAGUACACAAGCAUUACUCUCUGGAACAGUGGAAGCUAUUUGCAAGCAGUCAUCCAGAAUGCCUAGAGCAUUUAGCAGUGAGCUCAGGCAGUGGAGUGGCUGACUUUGAGAAGCUGACAAACAUCAUAGAGGCCAUUCCACUUAUCAAGUACAUCUGUCUGGAUGUAGCCAAUGGUUAUUCAGAACAUUUUGUGGAGUUUGUGAAAGCUGUUCAUGCUCGAUUCCCAAAGCACACUAUCAUGGCAGGUAACGUGGUGACAGGCGAGAUGGUGGAAGAACUACUUCUGUCUGGAGCAGACAUAAUCAAAGUGGGAAUUGGACCAGGCUCUGUGUGCACCACUCGGAUAAAGACUGGCGUGGGCUACCCACAGCUGAGUGCAGUGAUUGAAUGUGCAGAUUCUGCCCAUGGACUGAAUGGGCACAUCAUCUCAGAUGGGGGAUGCAGCUGUCCGGGAGAUGUUGCCAAAGCUUUUGGGGCUGGUGCUGAUUUUGUGAUGCUUGGGGGCAUGUUUGCAGGGCAUGAUCAAUGCGCUGGGGAGAUUAUAGAAAAAAAUGGCAAGAAGAUGAAACUGUUCUAUGGGAUGAGCUCUGACACAGCUAUGAAGAAGCAUGCAGGUGGUGUUGCAGAAUACAGAGCUUCAGAGGGCAAAACAGUGGAAGUGCCUUACAGAGGGGAUGUGGAAGACACCAUCCGUGAUAUCCUGGGGGGACUGCGAUCUACCUGCACUUACGUGGGAGCUGCUAAACUCAAAGAGCUUAGUCGAAGGACAACCUUUAUUCGGGUAACUCAGCAGCACAGUCAAGUCUUUUCUUAGCCAAAGAAGAAAAAGGCGGGAGAUCCGAGUUGUGAAACAUACCGGCUUUUCCUCCUCUUUUAUUUUUAUUUCUGGCAACGCGGCUACCUGUUAGGAUACACGAGGUGGCGAAAGAAAGCAGGCUGGUUGCCUGCCAUCCGUGUUGAUUGUAGCGGUGAGGUUAAGACUCAGAAGAAGCCAUAGACAACAGCCACAUCCAUGAUCUAUAUUUUUUUGUUGUUGUUGUUCAAAGUAUAUCUUUUUUUCCUAGUUUUGCCUGUCUAAAUGAGAAAUCUAGUUUGAUCUUUGGAUACUAGGCCAUGAAGUUUCCCACAUCUCCACUGAUGGUAUGUAUGUUCAUCUGCUGGAACAAUUCUAUGAGCAAAUCCACGCAGGCUUUUGAGAUUCAAAUUGCCCGUUUGUGCUGCUUUUGUGACAUGGUCUGCGGGUCAGGAAAGGACAGCUCCAAAACCUAGACAUUGUUCAACGCAGGGGUUCUACUCCAGCAUGCCAGACUUGGACCUGCUUUUCUAGAACUAAAAGAUGCUAUUUUAUUUUCACUGUGACAUGAAGUGCUGGAUUUUUAAAAAUAUGUGCUGAUUAUGUUAAUGUUCUUGAAGUUUCUGAUUAAAUAGUUGCAUUCAUUUUAUUGUAAUGCUUUGCUGAGGGAGGCAUUCCAUUCCCUUAGUAUUUUAGAGACAAAACGUAAUUGAUAAUGCUGCUUGUUAGUUCUUUGCAAAUUGUUGUGGACAGCCUUUCAAGUCUACUGUUCUCUAGAUACGUUGGUCUGCAACUCCCAUCAGCUUCAAGAAACAUGGCCAGGGGCAAGUCAUCUCAGAAGUGGGAGGCCGAAGCAUCUGAAGCAACUCACGUUAUGGAAAGCUGCCUUUUGAUAAGGACUAAGAAUACACAACAGCUUUGUAAUUGGGUGGAGCCAUUUCCUACUUAGCAAAGAGUCAAGGGCUUUCAGACAUUAUAGAACAGAUACAAAAAGGCUAUAUAUUGAGCAGUCCCAUAUAUUUAGGGUCCAACCAAAGAACCAGAAUUUAAGCCUAGGUACCUAUCAGUAAUGAAUGGCAGUGCUGUCAUGACCUUUAAUCUGUUUAAUUUCUCCUCAUCCUUUGGUCAGCUACAGCACAAGCUGUUGUGGUUGUUGGAUGGAGGAAGGGGCUGAACUAAGGAGAGACAUGCACAGUACUCCAGCAGUUCAUUAUGAGAAGUACUACUGUAACCAACAGACCUCUGUGUAGAAAAGUUAUUUAGUGUUAUCUGUUCAUCAUGCAACUCGUGUUGCUUUGUGGCCUUCCCCCCCUCCCCAGCAUGGUGUGGGCAUACUACUUCUUUACCUUCUGCAAUAGGUAUGAAUGGCUCUCCUUCCAUGACAAUGGUGUCCUUAAUGUCUUCUGUGAUGAUGAUGAUGCCACAUUUCUCCCAACAGACCCAGAGCGGCUCACAACAUU